ACUCAUGACCGGUGGCGAGCCCCGUGUCGCCCGCCCCUCGUGUGUGCUCAGUCGGGAUCUGGGGACUAGCCGGGCCGGCUGAGUGUGCACAAAACGCGAGCCGGAGAGCGGGGCGUGGGGGGGGGAGCCCAGCUGGCUUCUCGCGGGAGAGGAGGCGCUACGAAGGAGCCCCUUUUUCGCACGGGACCGGGCGGGGGUCGCCCACGCAGAGGCCGGACCUCGGGCCGCCUCCCAGAGCAGGCGCAGCGCUGGAGGGGCUGCGGAGCCCAGGCGAGCCUUCCUGCCAUGCGCGGAGCGACCCCCACCCCGCCUCGGGACGGGACGCCGAGCCGGGGCUCCCCGGGCGCGGCCGGUCACGAGCGAGGGGGCUCCUCCCCGGGGCUGCUCUUCCCUCGCCCGCCCUGCCUCCCGGCGCCUGAGGAGCGAUGGCGGAGCCACGCCCCUUCUGACCUCACCGGCUCCGGCCCGCCCGGCCCCCAGUCAGGCCCCUCCGAGCGGCCGCCGCUCCUCGGCGGCGAAGUUCCGGCCCAGCCAUGGCGGCCGCGCCCUCCGCCGCCGCAGAGCCGCCGGUGAAGCCGCUGCAGGGCGCCAUGAAGCUGGCCAAGGCUGCCCUGGAGCUGGACGCCGGAGACCGGCCGCGGGUGAGGGGCACCGAGGGCCCGGCCUUCAGAGAGCGCCACUCUCGGGGGGAGCGGGCUAGGCUGCGCCGGAGCCUCCCCACCACUGCCCCUCCCCUUGUUUCCCGGGCAGCGGCGAGGAGCGUCCCACAUCUGUCGGCGACAGUGGCUGGGGGGGGGGGCAGAGGGUCUUUCAGCCCCUCUGCUGCUGGCGCCCCUCCCGCGCCUCCGGUGCCUUCGGUGUUUCGGCCCCGUUGCCUGGAGACCGAAAGCUCCGCACUGAGCGGUGGCAGGCGCUCCGGGAGCCACUCCUGCCCUGCCCAGAUUCCUAUGUUCCCCUCCCCCCCUCCUUCCUUCCCUGAUGAAUGGGAUUAUUGGGAUGGAUCUGAUCUGGAAGCCUCCUGGGCGGAGCAACUCUUGCCUGCAGACCCGGUUCCCUUGGAUCUCUCCCCGGAAGGGCCUGGUUUUGGUGUUGGCCUCUUAGGAGCUUGGUCUCUUCACCAGCUGAAUUGUUCUCCUUGGCAGGAAGCCUAUGUGGAAUAUCUAAAGAGCAUCAGCUACAUCACCCAGGUUCUCCUGGAAGAGGCAGCAGCCACGACCGGGGAUGAAAAUGACCUGGCGCCCGACACCCCCAAGAUGCUCAAGGUAGCAGAGCAGUGCCUGGAAAGAGCCAAGAGCAGCGUUUCUAAAAUAGGAAAGGCCAAGGCCAAGCUGGUGGGGAAGAAGGUGAGCCCUGCUCCUGUUUCCCGGCACCGCAGAGUCUCCUCUGAUGAAGGCAGGAAGCUGUCACCGUUUCUGCCUCCUGAGAUGUUCCAAAAGCUCCAGAUCACUCAAGUGCACAGCCCCAGGAACAGAGAGCUGAGCCCGCUGGAAGAAGCGUCCCUGCAAAACCAGAAGUUGAGAGCUACCUACGAGGCCCGACUGGCCCGGCUCAACCCCAACCAGGCGGUGCAGAAAACCUCUCUGACACUUUCUCUGCAACGUCAGAUGAUGGAGAAUUUGGUGAUCGCAAAAGCCCGGGAAGAGGCUCUCCAAAGAAAGAUGGAGGAGCAUCGGUUGCGGCUGCAGGAAGCUGCCAACAGGAGGUUCUCCAGUAAUGCGGUGCUGACCCCAGAAGAGCAGGAGCAGCGCACCAUCUACGCUGCCAUCCUGGAGUACGAGCAGGACCACGAUUGGCCGAGAUUGUGGAAGGCCCAAUUGAAAGAGCAUCCCAGCGAUCUGUCCUUGGUGCCAAAGCUUCUCUCGCACCUCCUCAGCUUUGCAGAUCAUCCCAUCUGCCAGUUGCUAAAGAAGCUGCAGUGCUCGGCCUACAACCGGAUCUAUCCUCUCAUCAGCCAAAGCAGGACAGACGCCUCGCGUGGUUGGUCCCUCUCCUCCUCGCUGGACGCCGAGGCCUUCCUGCCAUCAGCCACCGAGGGACGGAGGCUGCGCUCGUCCCAAAGCUUGCACUCCAUGUUUUCUGUCCAGGAACACAACAAGUUGAACCUCCGCCAUAGCAUCUCUGGCACCCCCUUCAUUGAGGACCAGAGCCUAUUGCUUCCCCCCCAAGAAGGACGUGUGUCUCCCCCACUGGGUGACCGGGAGAGCUCCUUCGAGGACCUGGAGCAAUUUUUGUCAGCCUCUGAAGCCCGGCCAGCAGGGCCCCUGCAAAGCCCUCUGGCUGGGAAGAAGGGCUCCCAACAGGAGGCCCUCAAGGCGGUCGUGAAGGACAUUCACAAUUCCAUCGACAGACUGCUGUCCCUGACACUGCUGGCUUUCGAAGGCCUCAACACGGCAGCCGCCAAGGAUCAGUGCCUGGCGCGGCUGGAGGAAGCCUUCUUUGGCCCACUCUGGGGGCCCCUCUUGACUGUGUACAGGACUGUCUACAAGGCCCAGGAAGAGGCUCUGUCCAGGAGCAUGGAGCUGCGCAGGAAGGCCUCUCCAAUUGAGAUGGGCAUCCCCUCCAAGCUGCUCCCCAAGGCAGAAGGGCCUCCCCCAUAUGCCGCAGCCGUGCAGGAGCUCCUCCUCCUCCCUCCCAGCAGCUGCCCGCAGAGGAAGCUGGAGUGCAUCGUGAGGACCUUGCGAAUCAUCUGUGAAUGUGCAGAGGAAUACUGUGGGAGCCGACUCCAACCAGCGGCCGCCGCUAUCGGUGCUGAUGACCUCUUGCCCAUCCUGUCCUUCGUGGUCCUCCAGAGCAACUUGCCUCAACUGGUUUCCGAGUGUGCCGCCCUGGAAGAGUUCAUCCAUGAAGGAUACCUGAUUGGGGAAGAGGGCUACUGCCUGACCUCCCUGCAGAGCGCCCUCUCCUAUGUACAGAGCCUGCAAGGGCCACUGCGGGGGCCUGUGGUGCUCCGGAAGUAGCAGAGCUCCCGAUGGUGGGGGCUGCCCCUCCCUGAGCUGCCUCACUGCUCCCUGGGAUGCUAUUUGGAGGACUGCCAAAGGGAAACUGAGCAGCUGGACCAGGCACCCUUGUACCAAGGCUAUUCUUGCGCAAUAUUUGGGAGAGGGCGGGUGCAUGCAAACUUUGGUGUUAACCCAGCAUUGACCAGCAUAUGCCCUACCCUGCAGGUCUUCUGCCACUGUGGCUUCUGUCCUGAUAUGUUGCAAGACGUUUAGCUGUCCGUCCCACACAUCGUAACAGCUGACCUGCCUUUGCUUCUCUGCCUUGAGCCUGAAAAAAGAGGGGUGGGCUGCAUCUCCUUUCCCACAUUAACACUAAGAGUUGCUGCAGCGCCCCCCUCCCCAUUCUCUCAGCUGCAAGCCAGGCUAGCCAUUCUGCCCACCUGGCAGCCUCUUCCUCGGGAGGGAUGGCCAGAGGCAGAGAUGGGAGCCUGCUGACCCUCCAGCCCCUCCCUCUCCCUGCCCUGCAUGGCCCCUUCCUGUAUGGCAGCUGCUUCACCCUGUGGGCCUGUGGCUUCUGCGCACCUCGGGGCCACUUUUUCCUUGCCUCCGUUGGGGUUUUUAUUGAGUAAAGGGAAGGCGGGGGAUGGGCCUGGCUGCCCAUUCUUCCUUGCCUUAGUUUGGGUCUUUUGAGUUCCUCUGUGAUGGAAUAGGAGCCACCACAGGGGAAGCCGAGAUGGCCGAAUAUGAACUUUCCUUGUGGAUUGUGCGUUGUCUACUGAUGUAGAGGAGAGCUUGAGGGAGAAGACGGGAAGCAGGAAGCUGAGAGUGGCUGGCAGGAAUUCACACAAGCUUCUGAGCCGCCAGCUGUGGGGGAACCCAAUGGCAGCCAUACGAGGGGGCAGGUGGGGAAGGAAGACGGAGCCCCCUUCCUGCAGAGUGCAGCUGGGCAGGGCCCCGGGAAGGGCUUGUGGGGAUCCUGAGGUCUCCACUGCGCCAUAGGAAGCAGGGGCUCCCUUGCCAUUUAGCACCGCCUCCUGCACGGGGCUUCGUGGCCCUCCCGCCUGACCUUCCACUGACUUUGGUGCCACCGUUUUUCCUUCCAUCCUGCCAGCUUCACUCCUGGAAGCUCUUUGGGAAUAAAGCUUCUCUUCUCCCUG